AAAGUAAUCUUUUAUGUAGACUGUUAUCUCCCUGCUGCUGUCACAGGUCAUGACGCAGGCUGCUACCCGGGCGUCUGUGAUAUCACGAUGCUUUGCGUAUUAUCAUUGGCGCCUCUCCGCAUACUGGGAUGCGGGGUAUAUACACAGUUAUCAUUGUUAGUUGGAAGUAUAUAAAGCUUAAAGAAUGAAAGAAAGCCUUGCUAAGCAGUGUACGGGUCUUAUAUGAAUAUAUAUGUUGGUUAUUGAGUAGUCCAAAAUCGGAUAUAAUUCAGUGAAGAAUUAGUUUUACGGAGAAAAGAUCCCAUUAUAAGUCUCAUAAUAAGUCAUCAUGGGGCAAAAGGAGAUUCGCGCUGCUGGCUACGUCGACUUUAACAAACCAGCCACAGAGCAGACGGGUAUCCAUAAUAGAUGGCACCCCGAUAUUCCUGUCACUGAUACCAUCAAGGAUGGAGAAACGGUUAAGAUCCAAUGUCUCGAUUGGACGGGUGGUCAAAUCGGGAACAGUGACAGUGCAGACGACAUUCGUAAUGUCGACCUGACUAGUGUUCAUUAUUUGACAGGUCCCUUCGAAAUUGAGGGCGCCCAGCCAGGAGACAUUCUCCUAGUAGAAAUCAUGGAUGUCCAGCCGCUUCAGGGUCAGCCUUGGGGUUUCACCGGAGUUUUUGACAAAGCAAAUGGAGGCGGUUUCCUCGAUGAAAUCUACCCAUCUGCUGCCAAAGCUAUCUGGGAUUUCGAGGGCAUCUUUGCUACCUCCCGUCAUAUUCCUCAUGUCAAGUUUGCAGGGCUGAUCCAUCCAGGAAUUUUGGGGUGUGCUCCAUCGGCCGAGGUUCUAGCAACUUGGAACAAACGUGAAGCCGAGUUGAUAUCAGCCAAUAAGCUUGAGAGACAGGUCGCACUACCGCCCGAGCAGAGAAGCGUUCACGCUGGCGCAUCUGAUGCCACUCUAAAAGAGAGGGUAGGCAAGGAGGGUGCUAGAACUAUUCCAGGUCGCCCGGAACAUGGUGGGAACUGUGAUAUCAAGAACUUGAGCAGAGGUUCGAAGGUGUAUCUCCCUGUCCAUGUCCCAGGUGCGAAAUUCAGCGUUGGGGAUCUACACUUUUCGCAGGGCGACGGCGAGAUUUCGUUUUGCGGGGCAAUCGAGAUGGCGGGCAUAAUCACGAUCAACUUCAAGGUCAUUAAAAACGGGGUGGCGGAUCUAGGCCUUAAGUCCCCCAUCUAUAUACCCGGGCCGGUGGAACCGCAGUUUGGUCCGGGUCGAUGUAUCUAUUUCGAGGGCUUCUCCGUCGAUGAGCACGGCAAGCAACAUUACAUGGACGUGGCCGUUGCUUAUAGACAGACUACCUUGCGCUGCAUCGAGUAUUUACGCCGCUUCGGAUACAGCGAUUACCAGAUUUACCUUCUGCUAUCUUCUGCGCCUAUUCAGGGGCACGUGGCGGGUAUCGUCGACAUACCGAAUGCGUGUACGACUCUUGGCUUGCCCGCCGAUAUUUUCGACUUUGACAUCAUGCCGUCUGGACCAGCCAAGAAGUUGGAUAUGGGUACGUGCGCCUUUGAAAGUGGUGUGACGGAGGGCAAGGUUACAGCUGGGGGUAAGAAUAGCGAGCAUAGUUACGGUGGGGGUCUGACUUAUAAAACGUCUGUAGCUGAGAGAGUGAAGGAGGCGGUAUCGGGAUCUUGAGAACAUGUCUAGUCUUGCUGGAUAUGCGACAAUUCGAAUAUCGUGACUCAAUUGGUGGUCAUGAAUUAGUGACUAUUCCCUAGAUUAUUAGUAUUGUGCGUUACCUAAUGACUUCUGUUCGAUCUCUGUCGCUUUGGCUAGGCCGAAACGUUGGUGGAGAGAUAGCCAUAUCCAGACCAGCUUCUGGAUUGCUUAUACCAAUCAUCGAGUUGGAUAAUAAGAAACCCAACCCAGACUACGACAAAUUAGGAGAUAAGGAUUGACGUAUCUAGGUCAGACGCUUAUGUAGGUAGAAGGGAUCGUACUUAAGUCGUAC